GCCAGUUGGUUGGCUCGUCACCCCUUUCUUCGGAGAAGGAGGUGCGCGAGACCUUGCCACUGAACAAGGGGUGGAACCAGCUGGUAAUGAAGCUCAGAGCGAACAACUCUUUUCACCUGAUCGACACAAGGAACAGCAGGAUGAGUUGGACUGCGGCAAACGCGUUGUGUGCUGAGACGAGGCAUAUGGAGUUGUGCCCACUAUCAGCUGUGUGCCCUUUUGGUGUGGGACGCCCGGGCGUGUUCCCCGUGCCUGAGGGCUCUUCCUUUGUCCCUGUGAAGAAUGAUGAAAAUGAAUGGGUUCAGGUGUUUUCAGGCGGCGGCAACGGCACAUCGAUGUGCGAGACGUGGCGAGACGCUCAUGAUGGUCGCGCUCCAAUCUGGGGCGAGACCAGUGACAACAUAACCGAACGUCAUCUUGUGCCGUGCUGCGGCGAUAAUUCACCACCGUUCAUAUGGCUGAGUAUCACUCCUUCCUCCACUGCGGAGGGCGAGUUGGGCUACACAUAUGAGAUCCCCGUUGUUGUUGAGGCGCCCGUUGUGACGGUUGACGACCCUGCAGCCGUCACACAAACGGUGACAAUAACCUGUGCUACGCCUGGGGCCAUCAUCAAGUACGCCGUUAACAAUGCAGAAGAGAUGGCACUGUACACACACCCCUUUACCAUCUCGGAGUCCUCGACAAUUUUUGCUCAGGCGUUCGCUCAUAGUCGUGAGAGCCGGAGGUUGGAGGUGUUUGUUGAAAUCAAGAGUCCAAUUGUCGAUCGUGUUGCGUGUGUUGAGAAUGAAAGGUGUCCUCUAUUUGUCUCGGGAGUGGAUCCGCGCUGGCGCAUGGCGAUAAUAAACACAAAAAGCUCCGGCAAAGGUGUGAAGGAGUACUUCAAUUUGACUUAUGCUCUUGAACAGCCACCAUCGUUGGACUUUUCCGGGGUGCUCGACAUAGAAGAGCACCGCGUUGUUGCUCCCCCUCUCCGUGCCGGAACGUUCAACGUCAUUGUCUACAAAACCGAUGCAAGGGGCAGGAUGGCGGUGAACACUUUGGCCUACAAGGAGACAAGUCUUACCCCCGGUGAGGUGGUGGGCACACAGAAAACUUUGUUCAAAAUUGAUGGCGGCGUGAACAAGGGUGAUGUCCUGCUGCUUCCGUUUACUGCAAGCAGAUCAUCAGCCACGUGCGAUGCAGAUGCGUGUACCGCGGCGCUCAAGAGUCAACUGGACCGUGUUGCCGUGUUGUCAUCCAGUGUCAGUGCGUACUUCAAACAAGACCUUUACGGAUAUUCGGGCAAACUCAGUUGUCUCUGUAUUUGCCUCUCGUGCUAUAAAGGGGUGUCCAAGCAAGAUUCGGUGCUAAUUGAUUCUUCCAAAGUGGUGAGCCAGGUUGUCAACGUGAGUGUGUCGAGCCCCGUACCACACGCAAAGGCCACCGUGGGAGCUAUACGGCCUUUUAGCGUGCGCAAUGGUGAUGACCUUGAGAUGUUUGGGACGUUUAUUCCCGACUCAAGCUAUAUUGUCCGAUUUAAUCCUGCGGUUUCGGGAGGCGACAAAAUGGCGGCCCCGACGUGUGCUGUCCAAAAAGUCACUACCGGUGUAUUGACCUGCGAAAUGCAGGUUCAAGCCGGGACCGUGGGCGGUUGGAACGUCUCUCUCUUGGACGGGGAGGCACCAGUGCCUUUUGAGGAAGGUGCCGUCAACACGAUUCAUGUCCUUCCACCGGAUCCUUUGGUUGAGUUCGCGGCGGGGAACUGCGCUGCCGCGAGCGUAAACUGCGUUACAGGCGCGGAAGUGAUUUUUCGCGGUAAGAACUUUAACCCUGUGCAUCCCUUGUAUAACGAUGUGAUUGUGGGUGACGCCGCGUCCGCCAACCCUAUUCUCUGCAGGGUGACUAAUGCCACGGAGAAGGAGCUUUUCUGUGUUCUCAGCAUUCCGCGAGGCAAGGAACAUGGCAAGUACUCAAUCCAGGUUCGUGUCCGUGUGUCGGAAACGGAGUGGGGCGCAGAACAAAGUGCAGGGUUUCUUGUGUUGGGAGCUGGGGCGGAUGUUCCUGGGUGGAAGGCCGACAAUGUGCCCCCAUCUGUGCCAGUAGCUGGUGGAAAUAAUAAGUAUGUUGUUAUUAUCAUCGUUGCCGUUCUUGGCACCGUUCUUCUUGCACUGAUUGUGGUUGUUGUUGUCAUGUACUUCCGGUUCCGCGCGGCGGCGGUGAAAGCCGACGAAGAAAUAAUUUCCUUGGAGUUGCAACUUCUCAAUGCAGGCCAUGAAAGGGCAGAAUUUUUGACGAACAAGCAGGUGAAAGGGCUUUGA